GUUUGCAUGGACAAGGAAGUUGCCUCCAAGAAAGUUCCAGCCAUCCGAGGCAUGGGUGAGGUGACAGAUGCGAAGUCGCAGCCGAUCGUCCGUACUCGAGAGGGCACCGCGGAGGAUGUCAGAACGAGGAUAGUUGCCAUGGUGAAGGAACCUCAGUUCCAGAUGCUGACAAUCUCUACUGGAGCAGGGGCUAUCACUGUGGGAGCUGCCGGAGGCGCUUUCGGCAUAGCCACUGGCAUUGUGGCCGGCUCCGUCGCGGGGGUCGCGCCUGCACUGGCAACGUUUGGCCUGUCGAUUCCAGCAGGGGCCAUGCUUGGCGCCGCUGCAGGCCUCCUCGUGGGCACCACAGCGGGUGGUGUGGCCGGGGGCACCGGCGGCUUCUGCCUCUACAAGUACCGAGUCCAAAUCAAAGACGGCGUGGUCCGCGUGCAGUUGAAGGCGCGGAAAUCCCUGUCCGAGGGAUGCGAGACGGCACGGAAGUCCCUAUCCGACGGAUGCGAGACGGUCAAAGGUGUCACCUCUCGCGCCAAGCUGGCCAUUGAGUCGGCCAGGACGAAAGCCCACGAGAAGGUGGGCGAGGCCAUGACCUUUGCAACCUCCUCGCGCGCCGGAUUCACCUCGGCUUCGACGAUGCUGGGUGGCUCACUGGGCACCGUGGCCGGUGCGGCCUGCGGCGCUGCCUGCGGCGCUGCCGUGGGUUUGGUUCCUGCGGUCUUCACCUUGGGUCUCUCGAUCCCAAUUAGUGCCGGGAUCGGCUUGGCAGCCGGGGCGACCACCGGCGGUGGUGCCGGGGCACUCGGCGGCGGUGCAUGUGGCUUUGUGGGCUUCACGUACCGAGACGAGAUCAAGAGAUCUGCGGGCUACCUUCGAACGAAGACCAUGGAUUCUGCCGCCCAGGUCACUGAGCGAGUGACGUCCUUGGUCGGACGGGGAUCGGGGAAGACUGCGUGA